AAUCUUCAGAAACACAUGAGAGUUCACACCAGAGAGAAGACAUAUUGCUGUAAUGAAUGUGGUAAACAGUUUUCACAGAUGGACAGUCUACAGAAACACACUAGAGUUCACACUGGAGAGAAGCCAUAUUGCUGUAAUGAAUGUGGUAAACAGUUUUCACAUAUGAGCAGUCUACAGAAACACACGAGAGUUCACACUGGAGAGAAGCCAUAUUGCUGUAAUGAAUGUGGCAAACAGUUUUCACAAAAAAGCCAUCUUCAGAUACACACGAGAGUUCACACCGGAGAGAAGCCAUAUUGUUGUAAUGAAUGUGGUAAACAGUUUUCAGAGACGGCCAGUCUACAGAAACACACGACAGUUCACACCGGGGAGAAGCCAUAUUGCUGUAAUGAAUGUGGUAAACAGUUUUCACAUAAAGGCAGUCUUCAGAUACACACGAGAGUUCACACUAGAGAGAAGCCAUAUUGCUGUAAUGAAUGUGGCAAACAGUUUUCACAUAAAGGCAAUCUUCAGAUACACACUAGAGUUCACACCGGAGAGAAGCCGUAUUGCUGUAAUGAAUGUGGUAAACAGUUCUCACAGGUGGACAGUCUACAGAAACACACGAGAGUUCACACCGGGGAGAAGCCAUAUUGCUGUAAUGAAUGUGGUAAACAAUUUUCACAUAAAGGCAGUCUUCAGAUACACACGAGGAUUCACACUGGAGAGAAGCCGUAUUGCUGUAAUGAAUGCGAUAAACAGUUUUCACGGAUGGACAGUCUACAGAAACACAUGAGAGUUCACACCGGAGAGAAGCCAUAUUGCUGUAAUGAAUGUGGUAAACAGUUUUCACAAAUGAGCAUUCUUCAGAUACACACUAGAGUUCACACUGGAGAGAAGCCAUAUUGCUGUAAUGAAUGUGGUAAACCGUUUUCACAUAAAGGUAAUCUUCAGAUACACACGAGAGUUCAUACAGGAAUCAAAAUUCACUGCUGUUCUGAAUGUGGUAAACAGUUUUCAAAGAGAAGCAGUCUUCAGACCCACCAAAGAAUCCACACAGGAGAGAAGCCAUAUGACUGUUCUGAAUGUGGUAAACAGUUUUCACAUAGAAGCAGUCUUCAGAGCCACCAAAGAAUUCACACAGGAGAGAAUCCAUAUUUCUGCUCUGAAUGUGGUAAAAAGUUUACACAGAGAAGGAAUCUUCAUAUCCACCAAAGAAUCCACACAGGGGAGAAGCCGUAUUGCUGCUCUGAAUGUGGCAAAAAGUUUUCACGGAACAGCCAUCUUAAGAGCCACCAAAGAAUCCACACAGGAGAGAAGCCAUAUGACUGUUCUGAAUGUGGCAAACAGUUUUCAGAAAGAAGCAUUCUUCAGAGCCACCAAAUAAUUCACACAGGAGAGAAGCCAUAUUGCUGUUCUGAAUGUGGCAGAAAGUUUUCACGGAAAAGCCAUCUUCAGAUCCACCAAAUAAUUCACACAGGGGAGAAGCCAUAUGACUGUUCUGAAUGUGGUAAACGGUUUUCACAUAGAAGCAGUCUUCAGAGCCACCAAAGAAUUCACACAGGAGAGAAGCUGUAUGACUGUUCUGAAUGUGGUAAAAAAUUUUCACGGAGAAGGAAUCUUCAUAUCCACCAAAUAAUCCACACAGGGGAGAAGCCGUAUGCCUGUUCUGAAUGUGGUAAACAGUUUUCAGAAAGAAGCAGUUUUCAGCACCACACAAUAAUUCACACAGGGGAGAAGCCAUAUUGCUGCUCUGAAUGUGGAAAACUAUUCUCUUACAGACAUAAUUUUCAGAUGCACAUUAAAACUCACUCAGGAGAGAAGCCGCAUUGCUGCUCUGAAUGUGGCAAAAAGUUUUCACAGAGCAGCCAUCUUAAGAGCCACCAAAGAAUUCACUCAGAAGAGAAGCCAUAUGACUGUUCUGAAUGUGGUAAAAAGUUUUCAUGGAGACACAGUCUUCAUAUCCACCAAAGAAUUCACACAGGAGAGAAGCCAUAUUGCUGUUCUGAAUGUGGUAAAAAGUUUUCACAGAGAAGCAGUCUUCAGAACCACCAAAGAAUUCACACUGGAGAGAAGCCAUAUUGCUGUUCUGAAUGUGGUAAAAAGUUUUCACAGAGAAGCAGUCUUCAGAAACAUCAAAGAAUUCACACAAGAGAGAAAAAAAUGACAGAAACUUCCCCACCUUGUCCACAGAUGAACACAGUACAAUGCCAAGCAGCAGAAGAAAGAAUUCAAAAAGUUUGAUAAAAACAAAAAAGAUGUAAUUGGGGAAAGUACAAGUAAAGUGGUAAAUACAUUGCCCCCCUCCAACAGCCUCAUGUGGAAACAGAACUUACUCAUGCAUGGCUUAUGAUGGGUGAACUAAGAC